AUGAAAUUCUUAGAUUCUUUGAAGAAACCUGUCCUCAUCAAGAAGAAUGGUAGUGGCUCCCAUACAAACUCAUUUUCAUCAGCAUCCUCCGGGUCGAGCUCCUCGCAUACAACCUCCACGUCGUCGGUAUUCCCAGCUUCCCCAACAAACAUGUUACAAGAAAUACCUCCUCAACUAUUGAAGUCAAUAAUGCCUAUCUUGGUCUUACUGAAUGCACAGAACUCUAAAACCUAUUUUGAAUGGGCCAAAGAGACUUCAGAGAUCGAUACUGCUACUACAUGGUCUCUUACCAAUGAACGCAAAUCACAAUCUUUACCAAUUUAUCAACUUGCAUUGGUGGGGACCAAAUUGAGACUCAUUGGUGAAGACGAUGAUGAAUUAACUAUCGAUUUAAUUAACGAACCCAGCAUUGAAAAUACAGAAUCUAUUCAAUUGGUUUCCAAUCAUUUGAAAUUUAACGAUAACAUUUCCAUAUCGUCAAAUAAUAUGGACAUGAUCUCUAGACUAUACAAACUAUGUCUACUAUCCAUUUUUGAGCAUUUUGCCAUCUUUAAAUCAUUGACAGGUUCCAUUAUUUCCGUCAUGGGAUUAAGAAUCUUCGAUAUGCAUAUAAUCAUGAAUUCACAAUUCAAUUUUAAAGAUUGGUGCGAAAUCUAUUUACCAGGUAAAGGUUGGAUCAAGACAUGGUGUUACAUUAAGAAAAAGAAGAACGGGAAAAGAGAAAUCUUAUUUUAUAAAAGUAACAAAUCAAUGUCAUCUCAGAACCUAAUUUGUUUUAUUUCCACCGAAGUGGCCCCAAUCCAAGAUUUAUUCUUCUAUAAUGACUACGAUUCAGAAGUUACAUCUUUGAAAUUUGACGGUAUAAAUUCGUUCUUGAAUCACCUUAAGACUAUUAAGAUCGUCGGUAAUGUAUCCUUUACUGACAAUGAUAUUGAUAGCAUGGAUAGCGGAUCUAGCUCGUCUUCCAUUUCAAUCAAUGAUGAUACCACCCCAGAAAGUACACCAAGAAGAAAAUUCUUUUCUCCAUCUAAAAAAGGCCAUGCAAGAACUGGUUCACGUGUGAGUUCCAUGAGUAUGAAAUCAAAUAAAUCAGUUAGAGACAAUUUCUCUGUAAGUCCAGCUAGUCUUUUGGUAAGACCAACCCCACAUAAGGGAAUUCAUCAUUUAGAAACCUUAAUUAGGUUUAUUAUCCCAAUGAUGGACGCCACUGAACUAUAUGGUCGUCCAAAACAAUUUAAGAAUGAAAGAUCAGACCCAGAUUCAUUAAUGUUUGGCUUACCUAGAUUACCAAAUAUUGAUUAUUUAGCUAAGGAGGAAAUAAGCUUAUUGAUGGAUACUGACAUCGAAGUUACUGGAGUAGAUUCUAUCAUUACCGAAACAAACUCGGUUGCAUUGAAUUGGUUCACUAGUUUCUUGGCUGAGAACUUCCAAAGAACAGGUGAUAGAGACAAUUUGUAUCUAUUUAAUACAUUGGCUGAUUUGAGCAUUGAUCACAACACAUUAAUUUCAAUUCAACAUCAAGAAAUUUCACAAGAAAGUUUCUAUGGAACUACAGAUGAGUCUGCUUUUGUUUAG